AUGCCGUGGAGAUGCGCCACAUGCGGUGCGACUAUACCACCGUUUAAUAUUCAGUUUUGCCCUAGUUGUGGACAGGAACUCCGUAAACCAGAAAACGAUUCAGCAUCAACAAUUAAUAAAACCCAUGCUACAGACAGUCAUUCAAAACAGUAUCGUGUCUGUUCAUAUACAAGUCUUUAUGUAGAAUAUUUUCGAUCUUCAGAAUGGGAUCAAUCUUUAUUUGAUCGACGUUUUAAUCAUUGCUACUGUUCAGGUUGUUAUCUCGAGUCUUGGAGUGAUACUGUUGAAGUGACCGGUUCCGUUUACGUUAUUGCAUGA